UGAUCGAUUGCUUUGCUAAUCAAUCUUCGUGUUGGAUCAUAGUACGUCUGCGUGUAAAGCUUUGGUAGAGUUUUUGGUUUUCACCGUUUGUUAGUUUUUCAUUUUAUAAUAAAUGAGAGGCUUUUAGACCAGUAGUUUCUCCUAAGUUUCCGUUGCAUCGACAAGCUGUUAAACUCGAACCUAGAGUUUUGUAAAGUUGGGUGUAGUUGUUGUUUUUGGUUGAUAUUCACGAGAUAUAGGCUUUCUGGUCACAUGAAAGUUAAGGAGGGAGCAGUAUCAAGUGUGGGUCUUAACUGCUUUUUAACAGUAGCAAUGACCAUGAGUGCUUUUUAUUCAAGGCUACAAGGGUGUUCUUGCUUGUGUAUUGGAGAACUUCGAAGUAAAUAAUAACGGCAAGAAGAAACAUUUUAAUUUUAUUUUCGUUAGAGGUCUUUGCAAGGCUGGGAGAUGGGCAAAUCUGCAGCUGUUUGGGAUCAGAGAUCAGAGUUGGAGAUUGCGAGGGAUUGGAAUGGAAUCGAGCAGGUUGUGCUUCGAGUUCCUAGAGGAGCAUCUGCGAAGGUUAGUUUGCAUGGGGGACAGGUAAUCUCAUGGAAGAAUGAAAGGGGUGAAGAGCUCUUGUUCACCAGCAGUAAGGCUAUCUUCAAGCCACCUAAGGCGAUGCGUGGAGGAAUUCCUAUUUGUUUCCCCCAGUUUGGAAAUUGCGGGUCACUUGAGCAGCAUGGAUUUGCAAGAAACAAAGUAUGGAGCAUUGAUGAUGAUCCUCCAACUCUACAUUCAAAUGAUAGCAAUGGAAAAGUUUUUGUUGACCUUUUGCUAAAGCCAAUGGAGGACGACCUUAAGUGUUGGCCACACUGUUUUGAAUUCCGUUUGAGAGUGUCCCUUUCAAUGGAUGGAAAUCUAACACUGAUUUCAAGAAUUAGGAACAUCAACGGGAAGCCAUUUAGUUUCUCAAUUGCAUAUCACACAUAUUUCUCUGUAUCUAACAUCAGUGAAGUAAGGGUUGAAGGGCUUGAAACACUUGACUAUCUAGACAAUCUUUGCCAAAGAGAACGUUUUACAGAACAAGGAGAUGCAAUAACAUUUGAAUCCGAGGUUGAUCGAAUUUACCUGGGCACACCUAAUGUAGUUGCUGUUCUUGAUCACGAAAAGAAGCGGACAUUUGUUAUCAGAAAGGAAGGAUUGCCAGAUAUGGUUGUAUGGAAUCCAUGGGAGAAGAAAUCCAAGUCCAUGUUAGAUCUUGGGGACGAUGAAUACAAACAAAUGCUUUGUGUUGAUGCUGCAGCUAUUGAAAGGCCAAUAACCUUAAAAACAGGUGAAGAAUGGACGGGAAGAUUGGAAAUCUCGGCUGUUCCUUCCAGCUAUUGCAGUGAUCAUUUUGAUCAGCUCCUUCAGGGAGUCAUGUGAGAGAGAGAUAGGGAAAAGGCAUUUGCAUCUUUAGUGUGUAAAAGAGGACAAUGGUUUCUUAAUGAGGUUUAGAAGCUUUGGUUUUUUUCUUAGUGGAAGCUUCUAAAGCAUUUAUUUGUUUGUUAGAAAGCAAACAGACGUGGUUUUUAUAGCUCUAAAACACGUAGGAUUGCAUUGCAGCGAUGUGUUAUUGUUGUAUUGUGCGUUGCUAUAGGAAAUGAAGUUAUAUGGGCGAUUUGAUCUGCAA